UGCACUGAGCAUCUAUCAAAAUAUGGCUGUUCUGUUAUCAGUGGUUGUUUCAAAAUGUCACCAUCUUGAAAUUGCAUUUGGAUCUUAAUAUGAAGCUAAUCUAAUGGGUAUGAAAGGUUUUAUAGGUAAAGACUCACUGUAGCAAGCCUUCUAUAAUUCUUUGUUUUGGCCAACAUACUUCUGUAAAGCUACAGUACAUUUUCUGCACUUUUUGGGACACCCCUCAAACAGUUUGAGCCAAUCAGCAUAGGCAGAGCAACGGUUUCCAAGAAACCGGCCUGCUGUCAGUUUAUCAGCGGGUCACAGUUCACGAUGUCACACAUGGGCACUCACUGGCAGUACGCAAAACUCCCUUACAACUACGUAAGCUUGUUCAAAGGAGUAGACAGUCUUAUCUAUUGUUUUGAUGCAGUAGUCAGACCAGAAAAUGUUUUUCCCUCAAUGAUAAAUUAUUUUUAUAAAACAGACUAUUACAAAUCUCUUCAAUAACAUGAGAGACAGGCAUCAACUGUGACAGUCAACCCAUAUGAUUUAUAUACACAUCCCUCAGUAGAGGAGCAGGCUGUGAUCCAUUCCCAUUCUUCUCUGAGACCUCUACUUCCCAGACCUGCCCAACUUCAUCCACCACCCAGAGUCCCCAUGACCAGCAACCCAAAGCGUUGGGUAAUAAAGCCCUUCUCCCCUAAGCUAGAGCAGUCGGAUUUGCGCUCUAUAUUAAGCCCUACUGGUCAACCACAGUUGCUAGAGAACACGUGGAGUAGCAGUCAGGACGGUGACUCUUUCAAGUUAAGUUUGGAAAGCAUAACAGUAACAGGCAUGCAGCCCAAUGUGAUGGGGUCAUCUGGGAGUGGUAAAAGCACCCCAGACAUAGUGGUCCAGGCUCGACAAGUGUCUGUGUCAGAAGAUGGAAGUGACAAUGAGGACUGGAGGCCCAGUACCCCAAGCAACCCCAGCAGCCCUGGAACUCCCAGCAGCACAGGCUCACAUGUUGGGUUCUAUUCCUUCGUAGAUGAUCCAGCAAGCCCAGAAGCAGAGAUGAAUGAAGUCUACAUGAUUUCUCCAAAAAGGCAGGCCAAACUGAAUACCUUAAAGGAGAAGAGCACCUUUAAGCUGCAGACGUACACAGAGGAAAAGAGACCUGGAAGGCUAUUCGAAGAAAUUAACGGAGAUGACCGUUACACAGUCAAGGAUGCCUCCACAGUGAAUGAAGAGGAGGAAAAUCCAGACCGAAUUGAGAUCAUCCGGAAUCAGGCACCCAAGAAAAGCCCUGCCCUUAAAGAGCAGUGGAGUGCCUUAGAAAAUCUGGACCUCAGUAAAACUCCACAAAGGCUCCUGGAUGGGUUUAGUCUACACUACAAACCAGUGAAUACAAAGACUGAAGAGGCCAGGAUUGAGUCUGGCACCAUAGACAAUGAGCAAAUUGACUUCAAUGCAGCACGGAAGCAGUUUCUAAUGAUGGAACAGUCAAAACAGAACCCCUUCCUACAAAGUCCUCAGCAGCUCCCUUACUCCCUCAAAUUGCGAGGACAAUCUCUAUCCUCAACAGCCAACAUCUCCACUCCAAAACAAGUAAGCGAAGAGAACAGCCAAGAGGAGAAUCAGAUUCCACUAGCAACACAACAAGAGGCAGAAGUAAAGACUGUAACUGUGACUGAGCAUCCAGACGAUGGAGUUCUGAGUGGUGCAAUAGAUGAUGUUGACUCUGGUCUUGGUGACCGAAGUGGAGGCUACACCAGUAAUGGGAACAUUUCAGACGAACCUUCCAUUUCAGAGGUGGGAAGUAGCUUUACAAUGCUUAGUGCAGAGGAGACUCCCAUUCAAAGAGAAAUCAGAAUUUCCCAACAACGUGAAGAGAGUCUACGGCGAUCAAGGGGUAUCUUGCGCACAGACAGUUCGGAGAUGGUGGAGAUUAGGACAAAGCCAAUUCUGACCCUGUCGUCUCCACCGGUGAAAGCUGCAAAAACCAAAGAAACAAACAGAGUGAGUUUCCUUAUUCAGAGAGAGCUUGAACUUGAGAAAAAGCGACAGAACCCACAAAGUGUUUCAAGCCACCAUAGUCGAGAGAACCAAGUACAGGACAAGAAGUCAUUUGAGUCACAACCCGAUACAAUUCUAAUCACAUCUUUGAGAACAAGUUUAAUAGAAAGUCCCUCAAAUGAUGUAGAGCAAAGAGCAGGCUCUGCAAAUGACAUGUGGAUUACAGAGCAACCUGUACUAGUAGAGGAAGGUGAUAUCUCAGACUCAGAGGAGGUUCUUUCACCUUGCUGUCCUCAUCGACAUCCUGAUGAAUCUAUGCUUCAGAGAAACACUGAUAGCAGCACUUUUGGAAACAAAUCCCAAAUAAGUGCAUAUUUUGAGGAAAACAACCAUUCUAAAGUAAGGGUUUAUAAAGAAAAUGGUGCUGACAGCCAAACCAAUAACCUCAGAACGAAAAAAGAGCCAUCAUGGAUUGCAGAAAACAACAACAACAUGUUAGGAAAGAACAGAUUAGACUCUCCAAAUAUUCCGUCCCCACUGGAUCCUGCAAAAAAUAGUUGGUACACUCCUCACCUUGAGCGUACCAACUGGAGCCCCAAAAUGCAGAAUGCCCCAGACAGCAUCCGCCAGGAAAUUGAAGAGGACCUCAGGCGAGAACAAGAGCUCCAAGUGCUGAGAGAGUCUUUCUCAGUACCCACCUCAGCACCCAUAACUCCAGUGCCUUCCUUCUCUGAACCCAAGUCUCCAUUAAAUAGUACUGAGGAAACCAUAUUCUCACCACAAACUCAACAUGGGGACAUGGCAAAAGUGGAUUCUGUAUUUCCAGAAAAGAAGACUGGUUACAGUUACCCUCAUUCCUGGAGUCUGGACAUUUCCUCUGUCUCUCGAUUAUCCAUGGCAGGUAAAACUGAUAAAAGUCUACAGUUGUCCACACCACGACCCAGUUCUAGACUGCCCUCUAUGUCAAUUUUCACACCUCAGCCAUGGGGAAGCCCAAAACCCAUGUCCCCAACUGUUUCCCGGGUAACCCCCAUCAAGCCCUUGAGCACACCUGCUGAUGUGUCAUCACCUCUUUCCCAGAAAGGUCUGACUGAGACAUUGCUAAAGGACUUUGAGGACAGACGUUCCAAACUGAAGCUAGAAGAAAGUGCAUAUGCUGGGAUCCAACCUGUUGAUGCAAUAAACAAUGAGGUCGUAGAGGCCACCCGUGUAACAAGGCAUAAAAACCAACGAGCCCUGCAGUGGGAGGCGGGCAUGUACGCCAACCAGGAGAACUAAUGAAUCAGCAUUGACAUAACAGGAUGCACACCCGAAAUCAUCUUCAGACAAGAAUGACUUAAUGGACUAGUUUUAAUACCAUACUGCACUUACAGACACACUACUUGCGCCACCUCACCAUAUAAAGUCAAUGAACAAGAAACAUGGACAUCUCAUUCACAGUUUAACUGGCUGUUUAGAAUCGACUGACGUGGUGGAAAUAGUGUAGGUGUGGAGAGCAUCUUGCCUGCUUGGGGUGAAUUGAAUUCAUUCGCUUCUGCAGAGAAGCUCUAGCAAAUUCGAUAAUUAAAACUUUCUUUAUCUAUUUCUAUGCCAUGUAAUAACAUUUAACUAUUAUCCUAUAUUCUUAUAAAAAUACACAUUUAUAAAAAAAAAAAAAAAAAAAACAUCAAAUUUUACUGCAAAUUAUUAAUGUUCAAAUAGUCAGUGCUUGAAUGGACAGGCCAGCUUGCUAUUUAUAUAAGGAAUAAAACAAAUUUAAAAAAAGAACAACCUGGGCCUCGACAUGAACUCAUUAACACACAAGCCUGUUGAUCUAACAAAAUGGUCUCUGUUUUGAAAUAAAUGAUAAUUCUUGCUUUUCACUAAAAAAUGUAAAAUAUCAAUAGUAGAUUCUUUUUGUAUUGAAAUUUGAAGAUUCAAAAAGUUGCUCUGAAGAUUUUUGCAGUAUUGUAAAGCUGAUAUGAGAACUGUCUUUUUUUAAAAGAAAGAAAAGGAACAAUCUACGUUAAAUUAUGUCAUCAUCACUCAGACGUUUUGUUUAGUCUGGUAUAUCAAAAUUAACUUAUGUGUUCUGUGUUGUUAACACAACAAUAAUAACAAUAAUGAAAAUACACUAAUAUACAAAAUAUAUAAUAAAAUGCUUGUAUUUAGUAGAGAUGUUUCAUUUAGACAAAUAUUUAUUACAAUUUUGUAGAAUAUAAGACAUGCUACAAGUUUCAAGGGUCUGAAAAGUGAUUCCCAACCAGUGGUACAGUGAAAGGUUUUCAUUUUGAGAGAGUGAAAGAGAGAGGAAAAAUUGAUUAAACUAAUUGAGAUUUUUAUUUUUUCCCAGUACACUUUUAAGGAAAUCAAACAUAAUGGAAAAGAAAAAGGAAAUAUGGCUUUAUACAUUUGCUUAGUCUGUUUUCCAAUCACAGUAUUAUAUCUUUUUUUUCAACAUAAAUAAUGACUGACUUUAUAAGUAUAUAUUAGUUAAGCUGAAUGUUUUGUGUUUAUGCAGGUGGACUUGAGCCUUAUUAAUUUGUUGGGAUACACAAGACCCUGCAACAGUCUUUUCUGGUUUCAGGCUCCAGUCCCUCUAAUGAAUACCUAUGUGCAAUAUUUCUGUUAAAUUCAUACAAGUUAAAUAUGGUGUUCUGUUGUUGUUGCUGCUGUUGUUGUUUCUUUGAAUGCCAGCACAUGUAUGCCUAUGGCACUAUAGCGCCCCCUAGUGAAUAAACUCUAUUAACACAUGAUUUUUAAAAAAUGCUUGCAAUGUAAUUUGCUUAAUUGUUUGGUAAUUCGUGGCAAGGUCAUAAAUAUGUCUACACAACAGCAGAACAGAUUAAAUAAAGCCACAGAAGCUAUACAAGACUCAAACCACCUCUGUACCACAAACCACCUCUGUACCCCUGUGUAUUGGUUACCACACUUUGUUUUUAUGCUCUCAGAGGUGAAAUUGAGGGAAUCUCAUGGUGGAUGCAUUUACAAGCAACAACAAGUUUCCUUUUAAAAUCAUUUUCACUUCAAUCACACAGCUUCAAACCUGCCUUAAACGCAGUUCAAUGCCAACGGGGCUUUCCACACUUUCACAUCAAUUAAAAUCCACUUCCAGUGGACAAAAUCCUGUGA